AUGGGGUUCUUCUAUUCGCAAUUCUUCAUCAAACCGGAGUAUCCGACCCAAUCCUUUACAGGUCAAACAGUCAUCAUCACCGGAGCCAAUGUUGGCCUCGGCCUCGAGGCCGCAAGGCACGUCGUCCGCCUGCAAGCGGCCCAGGUGAUUCUCGCCGUCCGGAACCCGGCCACCGGAGAAGCGGCAAAGCGAUCAAUUGAGCAAAGUACGGGCCGACCCGGCGUGUGCCAGGUUUGGCACUUGGAUCUUGCAUCCUUUGACUCGGUGCAGAGCUUCGCGGAACGCGUUGCCCGGUUGCCGCGAGUUGACUCUGUCGUGGCUAACGCCGGUAUCGCUACGCCGACGUUCAAAGUCGUCGAAGGCCAUGAACAGACUAUCACCGUUAAUGUGAUUAGUACUAUGCUUUUGGCUUUGCUCCUCCUCCCGAAACUACGCGAGACAGCCGAACAGCAUCCGGAUGAGAGCAUGCCGCGGCUUACAGUUGUUGUGAGCGAGACUCACGCCUGGACCCCGUUCCCCGAGUGGAAGUGCAGCAACACGUUUCAAGCUCUCAAAGAUAAAAGUACCGCGGAUAUGGAGAACCGAUAUGCGACGUCUAAACUAAUGGAAAUUCUUCUCCUGCGGGAGAUGGCCGGCCGGAUGUCAGGCUCCGGCGUUAUCAUUAACAUGGUGAACCCCGGAUUGUGCCACUCGAAACUGGCGCGCGAGAUUGGCUGGGGAUUCUGGAUGUUUAAGCAACUCGUCGCUCGGUCGACGGAGGUCGGGAGUCGUACUUUGGUUGCUGGGGCUAGCGCUGGGCGUAACAGUCAUGGGAUGUACAUGACCGAUGGCCGAAUCGCGAAUGAAGCCUUGUCGACUUUUGUGCGCAGCUUGGAGGGUGAGCAGGCGCAGGAGAAGCUUUGGUCGGAGAUUGCCGAAAUAUUGGAGGAUAUUCAUCCUGGUGUCAUGCAGAAGGUUUAG